AUGGAUGCUCGUAACUUUCGUGCUCCUGCUAAUUCUGACGUUUCUCCUUACUUUAAGGUAUACCCACUGAGAGUUUGGUCUCACAAACAUUUUUUUGAGAAAAUAGACACCUUAGAUCUUAAGAAGUCGACGCGUCUCUGGCGUAACAACCUUGCAACAAUAAGAAAACUUCCCGGAUCCAUAGUUGAUAAAAAGUUGCAUCACGCGAUUAUUAAAAGAAAAAUGGCCGAUAGUUUUACUCUUAACGAAAAAAAAUGGAAACUUGCCGAAGACGAAGUACAUACUAGUUCUAUUAUGACGUCUGCUGAAGUUUUGAAAGACACAUUUGCAUACUGUCAGCAAUAUGUAAAAUGCCAAUUAGACGUGUUCGUGACUCCGCCACUGUCUUAUUCAAAAGUGUCACCAACUACUACUUAUGAUUCUGAUCAAUACGAAGGCUUACUUCCGGAAGAUAAAUUUUCAGAUUUACAGGUUAAAAUAUUUUUAAGAAAUACUCUGACAGAUUUGCGAAAAAAUAUGCGUAAGAUAUAUACAGUAAAAAUGAAGAUCACACAAAGUGUAAAAUCUGUAUUUCAGGAGUACAUUGAGAUUGCAAAUGAUAAGAAAUUAGGCCUGGCAGAACCUGAUUUUGUGUCUUUUUUUCAUGACUCCAUGUUUCAUCCUACAUUAUGGCUGAAUACUGCAUCUAUAAGCUCCAAAGCUCGCAAACUUGCAAAUAUAGAUCCAUCACGUACCAAACAACCUGACAUGAUUAGCAAUUUUAUAAAUAAUAAUAAGUCUAUAUUUGAAAUAAUAUUUAGUGAAAUCAUCGGUGAAGGAAAAAAUAAUAAUAUCAAAAAAAAUACUCUUAACAUUGUUAGAUUAGGAACAUUUAUAAAAGAUGCAUUAGAUAAUAUUAUUCAAAAUACAGGAAAAUGUUUUGUGGUCUUCAGAUAUCAAACGAUUGUAUUUAUCAAAAUUAAGGAGAAGCAUAAACACGAAAUCUCAAAUCUUUAUAAUCAAAUUAACCAAGAAAAAGAGGAUAUUGGAAAGUUUACUAGUUGGUGCCAAAAUACACUUAAAACACCACAAUUUCAAAAACUG